AUGUGGCUUGUUGUUCGGAGCAUGCUUAUGGUCCUCCCGCUCGUCGUGGCUCAAGAUGACUGCGACAACGCGUUUACUAAUGCCAUCCCGCGCGAAAACCAUCCCAGUCUAGCCCACCUCACGGACGACGUCUUCGAAGCCGUGAUGCAAUGUCCGUCCGACAUCGAAUGCUGUAGCGACGGAUCAUUCUCGUGCUUCGACUGGGCGUACCUGACGUGCUCCUGCAGCGACAACUGCGAGGACUAUGGAGACUGCUGCUGGAACUGCACCAACAAGGUCAUCGACUUGGGAUCUGCUCCGGCCAAGUCCCCCUGGCAAUGCAUAAGUUUAUCCCUAGCAGGGGGUGUGACCAAAAGCGUCCAACUCGUGUCCGGCUGCAGCGAUACUUGGCCAUCCGACGACGAGGUCCGCUCCAAGUGCGAGCGUGUUGACGCCAGCAUGAGCACCAUAUACUUUGGCAUCCCCGUGACGAGCAACAGCUCUCGAGUCACUUACCGUAACGGAUUCUGCGCGCUCUGCAACUACGACGUCGGCAGCGUAACUUUCUGGGACGUCAUCGAGAUCGCCAAUAACAGCAAGCUGCGGCUUCAGCCCCCGGACUAUCUAACGGUGGAUAUUCAGAAGCAUCUGCGCCGCUGCAGCAAGUUUGCUCCCUUGGACACCUGUCCCGUUGGUACGUCGGCGACGGUCUCUGAGAUGUGCCGCAUGUACUUCGCUCCCAUCGUAGAGUGGAGAGGACUGAAUGACGAAACGUACUAUAAGAAUGCCUACUGCGCGUACUGCAAUGGCGCCAACUUUGACCUGUUGUCUUGCCUCCCACCCGAAAAGAUUCAAAACUUCACGACAAAAGAUCCCAAGAUUUCGAUUGACAUAAACACGCUGGACCUCUCAUCCAUCUUCAGAACAGUCGGCAGCAACGAAACCUGCUUUUCCGGCUACAACGGAACGUGUUACAUUCAAGAUGUAACUUACCGCUACAUAAAUGGAACCGAGCUUGAGGCGACUACCAGCAGCCUCAUCCGCGCUUAUCUGACCAUGGUCUGCAUAUCGGUGUCCCUAGUUUGCUUGAUGCUCAAGCUCAUCGUCUACAUAUUUCACAAGCAGUGUAGGACAUUUUCGUCUCAAUGCACUCUCUGCUUAUCAAUGACGCUUUUCUUCACUCAGCUGUGUUUCCUCAUCUUCAACGUUCUUGACUUUGGCCAGGGUGUUUGUGUGGGGGCUGCUAUCGCGCUUCACUACGGCUUCUUGUCAACGUCAUUUUGGACAACCGUGCUUUCGUACAACAUCUGGAAGACCCUCAUACUCGUCCGCAGACCUUCCGGUAGCUGCAAGUCGUUCCCUCUCUACAGCGCUUGCGGCUGGGGCUCACCGCUGUUAUUUAUUGCCGUCGCCUCGGCCCUAAAUUGGGCCGCAAGCAGUUCAUACCUAUCUCCUUCCUAUGGCAUUCCCCGGUGCUUCAUAAACCGCAAGUGGGCGCACCUGGCUUUCUUUCUCCUACCGAUGAUAUCCCUGCUUCUGGUCGACGUCGGCUUCUACCUUCACACCAUCUUCACGAUUAAGAAGACCGAAUCGCAGUCGCAUAAAUUUGAGUUCAAAACCAGCGAGUCGCCGUCGCGGAUUCUCUUGUUCGUGAAGCUCGCCUUCAUAAUGGGUGCCUCUUGGCUCCUGGGUCUUCUGAGUGCCGUAGCCGACUCGUUGCUCAUCGACUGCGCCAGCAUCCUGCUCGUGGGGCUGCAAGGUGUAUAUUUGUUCCUAGGGUUCAGGGACCACAAACAUCUCUUCAGACUGCUGUCAUCAAGCCCGACGAUCAGCGGACUCUUCACGUCUUCGAGGUCAAGAUCGUCCACGUUAGGGACCACAGACGGUGCCCAUGCAAGCCAGAAUCGCCUUGAUGCGAUCGGGAGCCAUCUCAGGUCCGAAGGUUCCAGCGGUGCAGUGACCAAACAUUAGACAUGUCCUAUUAAGGGAAAUGUUGUCCUCUAGACUCGUCAAACACAAACUUGGAGCAAAACGUUUACUGAGCGCCCCAAUUGGACUUAGGCGAUAAAAGCGCGGCGUCAUUGUCACUAGAGUUCAGUCGGCGUGCUCCGCAAACUUCAGCCCGUACUUUAAAUUUGAUGAGCCUAAGGCUCCUCGUGGAGAUAACUUGUUUUUUUCAGUCAUCCAUCGAGGUGACCGCGAUGUGCACAGGAGGGUGAGUAGUAAACAUUCGUCCUUUUGGUGCUAGCCCCCUGCAGUCAGUUUUCUUUCGUGCUUCUCGUUAUUUAAUCAGA